AUGGUGCACCACGCGCGCAAGGGCGGAGGCCACCGAGGCUCGCGCCGAGGCAGAGGCGGCUCUCGCGGGGCCUCCACCCCCCGGACGUUCACCAGAGCCUCCGUUGAUGCUCCCGCUACCCAUGCAUUUUCUCUCCAGGAGGAAGCCCGCAAUACCGAGCAUCGCCACCACCUCUGGUCCUCCGAUGUAAAGCUCCGGCACAAAGGCAUCAGCUUCGUAAGCGCAGGCAAUCUUGCCGGCACACUGCCCGAAGAAUCUCGUUCCGACAAUUCUACGCCCAAUGAGUGCACUCCCGACGGGUCGACGCCAAACGAGUCACUUUCAAAUCGCGACGAGCCCAUCGCAGAUGCCAUUGCGGAGUCUGAGAGCGCCAUGGCGCAAAUGCAUCUCGAGCCCACCGUCGAAGCUACCGCGUCGCCACCUGCGCCCGCCCUUUUCUUCGAGGACACUGCCGGUUCGAGCGCCCUUGCCGCCACGCAAUUUCCGCCUCCGGUGGUACGCAAUGCCUCUCCGACCCCUUCCGACUCCAGCGAAGAGGUGGUCCUAUUUCGAGGCCGGAACAAUGUGAAAGUUGUGACGGAUUCGAUUCAGCUGAAGCAGACCAAAAGCGAGGCCAACGUACUAGCUGCCCAGGAAUCAUCAGUCGCGUCGGCAGCUCUGCCCAAACCUACUGCAAAGGCCCAAGCUCGCAGCGCAUCCGCUCGCCGAUUGCAUUCGCAUAGCAGUCGCCAUCAGAACGAUUCCGACCCAGAUGCAGAGGCUAUUGCAGACUAUAUUGAGAAUAUCAAAGCACAGGAACACGACGAUGCAGGCGAACUCGUGACUGGAAAUACCUACGCAACCUCAACUCUUACACAUCGGGUUUUGGGGCUGACGGACAAUGAUGAAUGGGACGCCGCUGCCGACCAGAGCACCACGCAAAAACCUGGCCAUGGAAAUCCCCAUAAGAACGACUGGGACUCUUCCCAACUUGGAGACUUUGACAAUAUUAGUACUUCAUCUGAGGUGUUUGGUAACGUUGAUCGCAUACUUCGUAAACGGGCGCGGUCAAACGGCCUUCAAUAUCUUGUUGUUUUCGAAAACUCAAAUGAGGACGAGGCUCGCUGGAUCCCCGUCUCUAGAUUGACUCGGGAACAUGAUAAGAGCCUUGUGGCCGCAUUCGAAGAAACCACCGCAAAUGUCACGCUUGGAAACGAAGCCGAUACAUCCGAGAGCUGGUCCGACGAGAGCGAAGACGACGAUGAAGACGACGACGAGGACGAGGAGGACGAUGACGACGACGAUAUGGACUUUGAGGAUGAAGAAGACCUUAUCCAGAGGAGAAUAGAGCGCAUGAGUGAUGAAAAGCUUGCGCGCUUGAUUGCGAAGCAAGAGGAGCUGGGCAUGAACACAGAUACUCUUCUUCUGUUCGACGGUGAAGAUGAGGAUGAAGAUGUCGAGAUUGACGACCUCGGUGCCGGGAAUAAGUAUCGCAUGCCGCAGACGAGUCGAGGAAGGAAGCAGAAAUCAAAAUCGAAGCGAGCCAGAGGAGACUUCCCCUCAGCGACUAUAAUGGCCGAUGUGCUCGAACAGGACCCUUACAAUGGCUUCGAUAUCAUGGACUUUGAUAGGCCGAGUCUUAAGAAGAAGAAGAAAGGCAGGGCGGUCGAUUUGCCCUUUGAGCUGUCCGACGACGAUCUCGCGUCUCAGCUCGUCACAUCGUGGGAAAACGAUCGCAGCAAGAAACGUCUCAAGAAGCAGGAGCGGGCGGAGCUACGCUCUCAAGGUCUCCUUGGAAAGAAGAACAAGUUCAAAGCCGACCUGAAUGCUAAAUACAACGAGGGCAUGUCAUUCACUCAAAUUAGAGAAGAGAUCAAGGUGUUCUUGGACUCGCCCGGUCAGAGCCGGCCUUUCCCUCCCAUGGACAAACGCGACCGUGCCGCACUUCACCAGCUGGCGGCGGCUUUGGGGCUCACGUCAAGAUCUAUUGGCUCCGGAACCUCGCGCUUCACUACGCUUAUCAAGACAUCGCGUACGAGGGAAUUCAACGAGAUGUCGUUUGCCAAGAUCACCGCGAGGUACCAAAAUCGCUUCCUCCAGCGCAUGGACAAACGCGGUGCUGGCAAGAAAUCCGGUGGUGGAGGCGGUGGAGGCAGGUAUGCUGCCGUAUCCUAUCAAGACGGUGACGUCGUCGGUGCAUCUGCACCUGAAAUUGGCUCAGAAAACAAAGGACGGGCCAUGCUUGAGAAGAUGGGCUGGAGUUCUGGUACAGCUUUGGGUGCUUUGAACAACAAGGGUAUCCUUCAGCCCGUCACACAUGUUGUUAAGACCACGAAGACAGGCCUGGGCUAA